AUAUAAAUGAGUGCCAGACUAUGCCAGAGCUAUGUCGCAAUGGCCGUUGUAUCAACACUUUGGGAUCAUAUCGAUGUAUCUGUAAUAAAGGUUUCAGACCUGAUCAUGGAGGAACCCAUUGUAGAGACGUGAAUGAAUGUGAUUCUCGUCCUAGCCCUUGCGAUAUGGGUUGUGAGAAUACGAUUGGAAGCUACAUCUGUUCAUGCCCACCUGGAUUGACGCUAAGUCAUGACAAUAGGACUUGUGUUGAUAUUGACGAGUGUGCAACCGGAGAGCAUAUUUGCUAUCAAAAGUGCACCAACACCCAUGGAUCUUAUCAGUGCUCUUGCUUACCUGGCUACAAACAAGUCGGCGACCACUGUAUUGAUAUUGAUGAGUGCGCAAACCAUAGCGCAAUUUGUCCUCCACCUGGGAAUUGCAUCAAUACCCUUGGAAGUUAUAGGUGCCUAUGUCCUCUAGGCUACAAACUAGAUUCUAGUGGGACGUACUGUACAGAUAUUGAUGAAUGCUCUGAUGACAAUAAGUGCCAGAAUAGUUGUCAGAACUUAAUGGGAAAAUACAAGUGUGGAUGUGCAGAGGGAUUUAUUCAGCAUGCAUACCUCAAUCAGUGUCUUGAUGAGAACGAGUGCACUCAAAAUCCUUGUGGAAAUCAAACCCGAUGUAUCAACACAGUGGGUAGCUAUAGGUGUGACUGUCCACCUGGCUUCCAAUUUGAUGAAGGAUCUCUACUCUGUUUACAGUCUUAUCACAGCAAACAAAAGCUGUGGAAGUUAGAAGCAAGCAGCAAUACAAACUUCAGGCUUCUAGCAGUUGUUCCUGUACAAUUUUAUACUCCCAUCAAAGCUUUAAUGUCCGAACACCAAAUCAAGAAGAUAAAAAUGAAGAUUAAACAGCAGCUGUGGAAUAAAAGGCUGUAUUUGUACAGAAUUACUGACAGUAAUACUCUCUAUAUCAACCUGAACAAAAAGGGUCUUGAUGAGUUAGAACGCAUCUCUCUUAUUUUUCUCUCCGUCA